GUGCUGGUGUUUCGUAGUAAAGGUGGCUCGUUUGGAUAGGCUAGCCUAGGUUCUCCAGUUUUACUACCGGCCGACCGAGAGAGGCUGUCACAAGUACCCUGCAGGCAUAUGCAGCAUGCUAUAUGUGUAUGUACAAGCCGGGGCAUCUCACCUUGUCCUCAAAUACCCAGAAAUGCCUCUCCAGAAUCUGCCAAACUGAUUCCAUUCCUCAUCACAAAAAUGUCUUACUCUCCACCAGACUCGGCCAAGCCAUUUACGCUCAACAUCUCCGACCAGGACCUAUCCGAGUGGAGACAGCUUCUGCAGCUCUCCAAGCUUCCGCCAGACACAUGGGAGGGGCGGCAAGAAGACCGUCGCUUUGGGGUAUCACGCAAGUGGCUUUCCGAGGCAAAGGAUUACUGGCUUAACCAAUAUGACUGGCGUGCUGCAGAAAAGCACAUCAACUCUUUCCCAAACUAUAAGAUGCAGAUUGAAAAUGUCGACUUGCAUUUUAUCGGUCUCUUUUCUGAGAAGAAAGAUGCAAUUCCUCUGAUACUCAUGCAUGGAUGGCCUGGCAGCUUCAUCGAGUUCCUGCCCAUACUCAGCAUCGUCAGAGAAAAGUAUUCGACCAAGGAUUUGCCUUACCAUCUCGUCGUGCCCUCAUUGCCCGGCUACACUCUCAGCACCAUACCAGCUCGCGAUAAGCAGUGGGACCUUGAGGAUUCCAGUCGUGUUAUGAAUCAGCUCAUGCUGAAUCUGGGGUUUGACAAAUAUCUUUGUCAGGGAGGAGACGUGGGCAGUUUCACGGCGCAAGUCAUGGCUAGAGAACAUGAGGCCUGCGUUGGAAUACACCUGAACAUGAUCACUACUCUUGCCACCCCGGACGAGACAACGGUCAUGAAUGCAGCAGAGCGAGAGACGCUUGCCCGUUUCCAGAAGUGGAGCGCCACUGGCAUAGCUUAUGCUCUCGAACACGGCACAAGGCCGAGCACCAUUGGGAGCGUUCUGGCGUCGAAUCCACUGGCGAUGUUGGCAUGGAUCGGCGAGAAGAUGCUGGAAUGGUCAGAUGAAGAUCCAUCGCUCGAUGACAUUCUAACCAACAUUUCCUUGUACUGGUUUACGGGUUGCUUCCCCUCGUGCCUUGGUGUUUACCGCCAGCUUUUUGGCAGUACGACCAUGGUGAAAUGGGGGUUGACUGAGAAGCCCUUGGGGUAUUCAUUCUUCCAACACGAGAUCGUUGUGGCGGUCAAGAGCAUCUUGGAAAGGGAUAGCAAUCUAGUCUUCUACAAGCACCACGAACGGGGCGGGCACUUUGCGGCUCUGGAGCGGCCGGCAGAUCUGUGGGAGGACAUUGAGGGGUUUGUUAGUAAGGUCUGGAAGGUAUGAGAGGGUCGAGGUGCAUGUCACCGCAUGGCGGCAAGGUGCACCGGCUGACUCGUCGAAGGAUUGUCGCGCAUUGCCGAAAUUGUAGCCAGUCGGCAAUUGUCUUGUACAUGGGCCAG